CGCAGUCUGUUGUGUCUGGUUUUGCGUGUCGAGCUGACGUGAGGUCUUCAGCAGCAAGUCACGUUCAUUUGUUUGUUUUUGUGCCAUGGAGGUCAGCGCCGAAGCCAAGAGGAUUAUGGUUCUAGCUUUGGGGAAACUGUACAGCUCGCGGACUCAGCGAGGAGGUGUCCGUCUCCACAGGAGCCUCCUCCUGACUGUGGUGAUGAAAUCUGCCCGGGACAUCUACCACGCGGCGCAGUCACAGACGUCCCCGCGCGGAGCCUGUGUGGUGCUGCCGGAGAGACUCACCGACACCGACACUGACGGACGGGACAAGGAGAAUUCGUUCCCGUCCGAUCCUGCGCGCCACUCCAGAAAAAGGCGGGGGAAAGCGGCGGCCGAGCCGGACUUUCUACCCCGGAAAAAGGCGAAGCUGGAGCGGCUGAGCGGCGUUCAGCGGCUCGCUGUGAGUUCUUUGUUCCUGAUGAACUGUGGCAGCGAACUGGCAGCUCCGCAGCACCCAGAACUUGUCCAGAGGACAGUUACAGCGUGUUGAAACGACAACGUUUGGACUUUGUGAGCAGCCAGAGCGCGCGACCCUGACGGGGCUGUCAGCGGGGCAGGACACGGUCCCUGAACGCCUCAUGAGACUCUUCAUCUGGCCAACGUUUUUGGCAUUUUGAGCGUCUGUACAAACCUGUGAAUGAGCCGUUGCUGUGUUCAUUACAUUAUUAUUAUUUUUUUUUUUUAUGUAAAGUACCUCCAAUUCAGCUACCUCAGUAUUUAUUAAAGUUGUUUUGGUGCUGUC